AUGGGACAUCUCGUAGGCGUUCUCCCACCUGUCCCUUCGCUCCAACCCUCCGGUGUUAAGCCCCUGCGGAAGGGUAAGGGACAGGCUGGCGGGUCGUUACCCAAUACGACUCCUUUAUAUAAGGUCGUAGACGGUCUCUUAUACCUCAAGGAUGGCUUAACACAUAAAGAGAGAGCGGAAUGGAGACGGGUGGAAGAACGCAAACAAAUUCUAUCGGUGCGGUUACAGAGUGCCGAAUCUUAUAGUGAAUGGGAGGCGGCAGCGCAAGAGCUAGAUGUCCUCGAAGGUAAUGAAGAAUGGAAGGCAGAUAUUUCAACUGGGGACUAUAACCCCGAUCUUCUAGAAUUGCGCUUACGAGAACUCGAUAAUGCCCGCACCAAUUGUGAUAUACCAUCCAUGAUGCAUAUCGUCAGAACAGCCCUGUCGCGUGAUCUAGGCGGCAUGGGCAAUAUUGACCUAUACCGUCACUCCUACUGUGGUACUAAGAAAUUGGUUUCACGGUAUGUCGAUUCUGCCUUGCAGACUAUUACAGCUCUGGUAGAGCAGAGCGUGUAUCGCCGAGCGAACGAUCCAGGUCCGAAGGACUUGCUGGACGCGGUACUUUACGCGCGCCAGAGCUUUGGACGGAGCGCUCUGCUACUUAGCGGCGGUGGCACUUUCGGUAUGACACAUAUUGGCGUCUUGAAAGCCAUGUAUGAAGCAAAAUUACUCCCGCGUAUUAUCUCAGGCGCGUCGGCGGGUUCGAUCGUCUGCUCUGUAGUCUGUUCGAGGACAGACGAUGAGAUUCCCCAACUACUAGCGGACUUCCCAUAUGGCGAUCUGGCUGUAUUCGAAGAGGAGGGUAACGAAGAAAGUCUCUUUGACCAUCUACGAAGACUACUCACUGAGGGGAAUUGGUCCGACAUCAAGCAUCUGACGCGCGUAAUGCGCGACUUACUUGGCGACAUUACUUUCCAGGAAGCAUAUAAUCGCACAAGAAGGAUAUGCAACAUUUGUGUCUCAUCAGCGUCUAUUUACGAACUACCACGAUUACUGAACUACGUUACAGCACCCAACGUUAUGAUAUGGUCUGCUGUCGCAGUAUCAUGCUCAGUGCCAUUCGUUUUCAGCGCCGCGCCGUUGUUAGUCAAGAACCCUCUAACAGGCGAGCACAGUACAUGGAAUCCUACUCCACAGAUGUGGAUUGAUGGCUCCGUUGAUAAUGACCUCCCUAUGACGAGACUUGCCGAGAUGUUCAACGUCAACCAUUUCAUUGUAUCGCAAGUCAAUCCGCAUGUUGUUCCUUUUCUUACCAAGGACGAGGGACCGGUGAGCGUACGUCACGAGACAAUCUUCAAGGAGGAAUCGGAUUGGAUGCACAAAAUUACGACUCUGGCCAAGAGCGAAGCCUUGCAUCGAAUGCAGUUUAUGGCUGAAAUCGGCAUUUUCCCAACGCUCGUCAGUAAGUUACGGUCUAUCCUAAGCCAGAAAUAUUCGGGUGAUAUCAAUAUUCUCCCUGCCAUGGGCGUUUGGGACUUGCCUAAGGUGCUGAAGAACCCGACGACCGAGUUCAUGCAUCGCUCGUGUUUGUUAGGCGAGCGUGCGACCUGGCCUAAAUUAGCUCGCAUCCGGGACCGCUGUGCCAUUGAACUGGCUUUAGAUCGCGCGGUUCAUUCAUUGAGAGCUCGUGUUGUGUUUAGUAAGAGCCAAGUUAACUUACGAAGGAUGGCGACCGGGUCUCUAUCGAAUACACACGGGGAAACAUAUGACCAUUUAACACCGAGUUCCAACCAUAUUGAACCCCCUUCCACGAAGGAGAAACUAAAGCAUAACCGGCGCCGGUCGAGUGGAAGUAAUUUACUAAACCCAUACCACCACAUCAUUGCGAAUGAAAAUCCGUAUAAAAUAACGGAUGACGAAACAGACGAAGAGGAACGUCUUGAGAUGGCAAUGCGCCAUAGUGGUCGGAAACCGAAAAUUAAGCUUAAGCGAUUUCCAAAAAACCAUAUAUUCCAGACGGGUCCUAAAACUAGUCCCGUCUUAUCUUCCACCUCGGAUCUCGAUUCUUUUGAUUUCUCUCAGCCCAUAACACCCAUCGGAGCUAGGAAUACUAAUUCUUCGAAUUCGAAAAAGUCGGCCCUUUCGGCAAUGGUCACGGUAUCUCCCGAGGACGGUGCUCAUAAUUUAGCCGCUGCUGAAACGGCUUCCAUGACUUCACCACAGCAGAAUUCUCACCACGACGCUGAACUUGAGACUAGUGACUUGCAUACCUCGGACGCCGACGUUGACAGCCACACGGAUGAGGAUAGACACAGUCGACCCAUAAGCACAUAA